AUGGCCGCCGCAAACAAUAAGGGUGCUACGAUCACCCUCUACUGGCUAGAACAGUCGCGUUCACAGCGCAUUGUUUGGCUACUAGAAGAAUUGAAUCUGUCUUACAACUUAAAGACGUUCAAGCGCGGCAGCGAUAUGCUUGCGCCGCCGGAGCUGAAGAGUGUGCAUCCGCUAGGGAAAUCCCCCGUCAUCUCCAUCGAGGCGCCUGCCACUUCCAAACCACUAGUCAUCGCGGAGUCGGGAUCGAUUGUAGAGUAUCUGUGCGAGCAUUUCGGGGGGGAGAGGCUUAUCCCCAAGAGGUAUGCUCAGGGAAAGGAAGGCCAAAUCGGGGGAGAGUCCGAAUCGUGGCUACGGUAUCGAUUCUACAUGCACUAUGCAGAAGGGAGUCUGAUGCCAUUUUUGGUGAUCGCGCUCUUGGUAAACAAGAUCCGAAAUGCACCUGUCCCCUUCUUCAUCAGACCGAUCCCAGCGUUCGUUGCUGGGCAGAUCGAGUCCCAAUUCCUCACAAGGAAUCUACAAACUCAUUUCUCGUUCCUUGAAGAUCAGAUCAGGACUUCUCCCGAUGGGGGCAAGUUUCUCUGCGGCCAAGAGCUUACCGCUGCAGACAUCAUGAUGAGUUUCCCCCUUAUUGCUGCAGCAGGCCGUGAUAUUUUCGACAAGGGUGAGUAUCCGGAACUGACGGCCUACAUCAACCGUCUCCAAGACACGGAGGGUUAUAAGAAGGCUGCCGCAAAGAUCGAAGAGGUGGAAGGUACCUUCAAGGCUUCCCUCUAA